GAGACUUCCUGCGAAGGCACCGGAAGAAGCUCCUUCGGUGCAUGGCCACCGUCUGAUCCGUCUGGAGCAGCACGUUGAGGAACGGUACCGACCGGCACCAUGCAGUCAGAUGACGUUAUCUGGGACGUGCUUGGAAACAAGCAGUUCUGUUCUUACAAAAUGAAAACCAAGACCCAGAACUUUUGUCGAAAUGAAUAUAACCUGACUGGAUUAUGCAACCGUUCUUCCUGCCCGUUAGCAAACAGCCAGUAUGCUACCAUCAAAGAAGAGAAAGGUCAGUGCUACUUGUAUAUGAAGGUGAUAGAACGAGCGGCUUUCCCUAGGCGCAUGUGGGAGCGGGUCCGACUCAGUAAGAAUUAUGAGAAAGCUCUGGAACAAAUAGAUGAAAAUCUUAUCUAUUGGCCUCGCUUCCUUCGGCACAAAUGUAAGCAGCGGUUUACCAAGAUCACCCAGUACCUGAUUCGAAUCCGUAAACUUACUUUAAAGCGACAGAGGAAACUAGUUCCCUUGAGCAAAAAGGUGGAAAGGCGUGAAAAAAGACGAGAGGAAAAAGCAUUAAUAGCUGCUCAGCUAGAUAAUGCAAUAGAAAAGGAAUUAUUGGAGAGGCUAAAACAAGAUACGUAUGGUGACAUCUACAACUUCCCCAUUCAUGCCUUUGACAAAGCUUUGGAACAUCAGGAGGUUGAAAGCGACAUCUCAGAUACUGAAGAGAAAGAUGAUGAGGAGGAAGAAGAUGAUGAGGAGGACUUAAACAAAAGGGAAUUUGUGGAAGAUGAUGAGGUGGAAGAGAGUGACAUCAGUGAUUUUGAGGAUAUGGAUAAAUUAGAAGCUACCAGUGAAGAAGAUGAUGAGGAGAAAUCCAGUGAAGAAGAAGAAAAAGCUGCUACUGCCAAACACAAAGGCAAAGCCCCAUUGAAAGGCCCCAUGAAGAGAAAGCGAGCCUAUGUGGAAAUAGAAUAUGAGCAGGAGACAGAAACAGUAACGAGACCCCAGACUGCCUGAUUGUCUUCAGACAUUUUGUAAAUAGACAGAAAUAGGAAUGGGUAUUCUCAUUUUUCUAUUUUCCAAGAUCCUCGCUCUGCCAUUUUGUGUUUAAAGGCUUUGUUUUUAAACACACUAUUUGUCAUCCAAAUACUCAUACUUUUUUCUUUGUGAAGGGGUGGAGAAAACCUUAAAUUCUGAUGAGGAUUUUUGUGGGAGAGGCAGAGAUAUUAAAAUAGCAGUCGGGCUGGAGAAGGUUCACAGGUUGGGGUUAAGCUUGUGGAUAGAAAUAUUUCAGCAGCCUUAUGAUGGCGUAUCAUCAUUUUCCACUUGAUUUCACUCUUGUUGUUUAGUCACGUUUGACGUGCUUUGUGAUUCAUUUGGGGUUUUCUUGGCAAAGAUACUGGAGUAGUUUGCCAUUUUGUUCUCCAUCUCAUUUUACUAAUGAGGAAACUGAAGCAAACAGGAUUAAGUGACUUGCCCAGGGUCACACAGCUAGUCUGAGUGAUUUACACUCGGGUCUUCCUAGCUACAGGCCUGGCAUUCUAUCCACUGGCCACCAAGAUGCCCUCGCUUUCACUCCUUUUUGCUUAAAACCUUUUUUACUCUUCUUGGUCCCUGCUCCUAUGGAGUUAAGGGGAAAAAAGAAAUAGGCCACUCUAUUUCCAGCGCUUUUUAUACUGAGUGGGAAAUCUUUCUACUCCCAAAACUACCUUUGUCAUUCAAACUGUAGGGAAGACACAGGAAUCCUUUUCUUCAGGUUAAUGGAUGAUGAAGGAAAGGUAACAUUUUAUCUUCAAAGUAAGAAAAUAUAUAUUUAUUUUUUUUAAAAGGCAGUGUGUCUGUCUACAUUUCAUCUUCGGUUGUUCUUCCUGAAAGCUGCUGUACUUUUCGGAUACAAUCUCGUACCUUGUCAUCUUCACAACUUUGGACAGCUUUGGCUAGCAGACUCUGAAACAAAAAAAAAAAUCAUGCUUUGAUGUUUUCAUCUACCCUGGUUUAUUGAUUCCCCUCUUCUACAACAUCUCCCCCAUAGUAGGUAGAAACAACUCAGUGACAUUCUACUCUGGUAGUUCUCACAGUGUUCAGAACAGGUUCUGAUUUAAUGUGGAAGCAUACCUUGGGAAUUUUCUGCUGCUUUAUGGAAAGAAGCAGUAAUCAUGUAAAUCACUCUGAGGUUUGGCAACUAACAUGCAAGAAUUUGAAUACACAAAUGAUGACAAACACUACCACCAGCUUUCUGAGAUUUAAAUGUUAAUAAAGUUUAAAACAAAAAA